AUGAAGGCUCUGAAAGAACAGCGCGCUAUCGAGAGUGUGUGGUGUGGAACCUUAUUUAACUGCAUUGUUCUCGCACUGAAUCGCGUAGUUGAAAUGAUUCCUUCAGCACAUGGCCUUCGCUUUCUUUUCCAAGGGAAGAUGCUGUACUGUUGGAUGGUGCUAUCUGUAGCUUACAUGCUAUCCUUACCAUUCGUCAAUCGAACAAAUCCUUUUAAUACAGCUGUUUCUGCUUAUAUUCCUUCACCUGUGAUUACCGACGACCACCAACAAUUACUCGGAUUAGUGCUGCUUCUGGAUUCCAUGCGGCAGACCGUGUCAAACAUACAGCUACUUGGAGAGGAAUAG